AACGCGUAUCCUUGAAGCCGCUUUCCAUUCAUCCACCUUCCUCCCUGCGCCGAAACCGCAGCGUUUGUGAUUGCGACCCUUUCUUAUAAAAUAUUGCUUUCCCCGUCUAGAUUUUUUGUUAUCAGCCUGUAGAAUGCCUUCUCACUGCGUGCCCGCGCAUUCCAGUAACGACGCUGGCGGUACCAGUGGUAGUGGCAGCGGCGGCCGGGGAGCUAUGAUUCGGCCGAUCGAUAAGGCCGCUAUUCACCGCAUAUGCUCUGGACAGGUGGUGCUGGACCUCGCUACAGCGGUGAAGGAGCUGGUGGAGAACAGCCUGGACGCGGGAGCUACGAGCGUGGAGGUGCGGCUGAGGGAGUCGGGCGCGGAGCUCAUUGAGGUGGCGGACAACGGAUCGGGUGUGGCGCCGGACAACUGGCAGGCUUUGACCCUCAAGUACCACACGUCCAAGAUCGCCCACUUCUCUGACCUCCAGUCGCUUUCCUCCUUCGGCUUUAGAGGAGAGGCCCUUUCUUCCCUCUGCGCCCUUGCUGACGUCACCAUCACCACACGCACCGCCGACGAGCCAAUAGCAACUCGCCUUGUGUUCGACCAUGGAGGAAAAUUGCUGGAUGGGCCGAGGGAAAAAGUUGCUCGGGCAGUGGGAACGACUGUCAGCGUGGCGAAGAUUUUUUCGCCGCUGCCCGUGCGACACCGGGAGUUUCAGAGGAACGUUCGGAGAGAAUUCGCGAAACUCGUGAGCCUUCUCCAGGCGUACUGUGUGAUCUCUACCCGCACCCGGAUCAUCUGCACCAAUCAGAGCGCGCGCAGCACAGCGCGGACCACUGUGGUGCAGACAGCUGGCACGGGGUCGAUGCGUGAAAACAUCAUCGCUGUCUUCGGCUGCAAGGCUGCUGCUGCGCUCGACCCCGUCGACAUCACCUUCCCCCUCUAUCCUGCUGCUGCUGCUGCUGCCGCCACUGCAACUGCUGCUGAUUCUGCUAGUGCUGGUGAUGCAGGUGGUGUUGGUUGUUCUAGUACUGGACUGGCAGGUUCAGGUAGUGUCUCCCCCACCGCCCCUCCCCCUCUUCCAGCAGCCUGCUGCCAGGUAACUGGGUAUCUGUCCAAGCCAGGAGCAGGGAGUGGGAGAUCCAGUGGAGAUCGUCAGUUCUUUUUUAUUAACGGUCGCCCGGUGGACCUGCCCCGGCUCGCAAAGCUCUUAAACGAGCUCUACCGGUCGUUUAACUCGCUGCAGUACCCCGCCGCUUUCUUAAAUGUUUCGCUUAGCGCGGACGCUUUUGAUGUGAAUGUGACCCCGGAUAAGCGUAAGGUGUUUUUACACUCGGAGGCGGGGUUAUUAUCGGGGUUGAAGGCCUCUUUGUUGCAGUUUUACUCCCCGGACCGGUAUGUCUACCGAGCUGCGCCUUCUGGUUCGGUGCCGAAGCAGAUUGAAGAGCGGAGGAGGGAGGAGGUUAGGGGGGAGAGGAGAGUGGUUAAAACGGUUGCUGGAGGAGUGGUAGAGAAAGGGGAGGAUAAGAGGGAGUGUGGAGGGGAGGGGGAGGAGGGAGACCAGAGGAGGAAGCGAGUGAGGGUGAGUGAGAGAGGGAGAGGUGGAGAGGAAGAGGGGGGUGUUGGAGCAGGGGAGGAGGUUGAGGAAGAGGAAGAGGAAGAGAGGGAGGAAAGGGUAGAGGAUGAGCAGCAGCAACUACUGGAUGUGGGGAGAAGAGAGGCAGGAGGUGCGAACAAAGAACGAGAAACAGCAGCAGCAGGAGCAGCUGGGGUUAGAGCGGGGGGGACAGUUGGAGGAGCAGCAGCAGGAGGAGCAGGAGGAGGUGCAGGAGCAGCAGCAGCAGGAGGAGGAGGAGGAGGAGGAGGAGGAGGGGUUGCGUCAGGGCUGCAGUGGAGCGAGAGAAAAGCUGCAGAGAUGCGACGGCUGCUGCUGAUGAGUCCCCAGGGCAAGGGGAAGAGAAAGGGCAAUGCUCCAGUGCCGGUUUUGGGGAAGGGGAAGGCUGUAGAUAUGUGCACGGGCGCGGACAAGGGCCCGGAGGUGGACAGUGAGGAGCGCACACUGGGGGGGUCAUGCUCGGGUGAGGGAGAUGCUUAUGCUGAGAGACACGCUGAAGUGCUUGGGGGAGAGAGUGGGGAUGAGGGGGAGAGUGGGGAUGAGGGGGAGAGUGGGGAUGAGGAAGGGACUGGGGAUGACGUCCUUGAGAAGCGGAACGGGGACAGGGAAGAGAGAGGAGAGCAAGAGGAGCAGGGUGUGUUGCAGGAGAGCAGGAAGCUAAGGCUGGGAGGUCGGCGUGGGUUGAGUAGCUUUGCGUUCGCAUCUGGGGAAGGCGUGGGUGGUGGGGGUGGUGGAAGUGCGAGCGAUAGUGUUGAAGGCAGCUCAGGGAAAGGUUGCUCUCUUGGUGUGCUCAUGCUGACAGGGAAGCGCCAAGGGUUUCCUCAGGCUCUUAAACAAUCACGAGAGGAGUGCCGAGGGAGCAACCCUUCUGUGCAGAUGUCGAUGGGUGGGUUUGUCAUUCAAGUUCCGGGGGGGAAGGGGGGAGAGAGGGGGGAAAGAGGAGGUAUGGGCGAGAGUGGACGGGAGGGAGCGGGGCGUGGAAGGCUGGAUAUGUGGCUACGGAAGAAGGGGAGAGGGGAAGGGGGUGGUGUUGAAAGGAUGAGGAGUCAUGGGGAUGGUGAAAAGGAAACAGUAGAGGGUGGCUGGGACGAGGAGGCGGAGGAUGAGGAGGAGGAGGAUGAGGAGGCGGAGGAUGAGGAGGAGGAGGAUGAGGAGGCGGAGGAGGUGGUGGUUGUGGAGGAGGGGAGGAGGGAAGGCGGUGAGCCAGAGGCAGUGGAGGAGGAGAAGGAAGAGAAAGAGGAGGAAGAGGAGAAAGAGGAGGAGGAGGAGAAAGAGGAGGAGGAGGAGGUGAGGGUGGAGGGAGCCGGAGAGCGGGGGGGAUGGGAGGAAGGCGAGGGAGAGGAGAAGGAGGUGGAUAAAAGCCCGGAAAACGAUGAGGAUAUGGGGUUCAAAGUAGAUGAGGUUCGGGCGUCUAAGCGGCUUCGGCCGGAAAUUUAUCGAGGUGAUUCGCAGGAGGAUGUCAGGGAUGAGUGGGCAGGGAGAAAUGUUUUGGAUCUGCCCCUGAUGACGCAAGACAUGACUCAGGCUGACCUGCCCGACUUAUUGGGCUCCCAACUGCUGCCUGGAACCCAAACGGCUGGGCAGCAAGAAAGGUUUGCCCUGCCUGUGGAGCAUGGGGCAGAGAAGGGGAGGUGCUGCAGUGACCAUGGGGAGCAGGAAUUUAUGGAGGGGCUGGGAGGGGCGGAAGAGGAAGCAGAGGAAUUGGGAAAGAAGGCUGAAGGGAGAGAGGGGAGAGGAGGAAGGGAGGAGAAAGCAGAAGGUGAAGAGGAAGAGGAGGGAGUGGAGGGACGAGAGAGGGUGAGGCAGCGCACAGUGGCACAGCCAGGGAGGGGUUGGGAGGCGAGGGGGGAAGAGGGGAGCGUGCGGGUUCAAUUCGACUUGAGGCGAGUGCAGCAGGUGUGGAGGCAGCGAGCAGAGGUGAGGGAGAGGGAGAAGAGGAGGAGAGAAUGGGGAAGGACGGCAGGACGAGGAGGUCGACACAGGAGCUUCGCGGCAGCGUCUGUCUCAUGCAGCAUUGCCAGCAGUGGGGGGAGGCGGCAGCAGCAGCAGCAACAGCAGGUGGGGGAGAAAGAAGAGGCAUUGGAGGCAGCAGCACGGGAGCUAGAGCGGCGGUUUGACAAGCGGGACUUUGCUAGCAUGGCUGUGAUUGGCCAGUUCAACCUGGGGUUCAUCAUUGGACGGCUGGGAUCGGAUCUCUUCAUCGUGGACCAGCACGCAUCUGACGAGAAGUUCAACUUUGAGCGCCUCAUGCGGUGCACCGUGCUCAACAAGCAGCCGCUGCUAGUGCCCCAGAGGCUGGACUUAUCUCCAGCAGAGGAAGUGAUAGUGUCGGCGCACAUGCCGACAUUCAGAUCUAACGGCUUUCAUUUCUCCGUGGAUGAGUGCGCUCCAUCCGGCCGUCGGUUCCGCCUCUCAGCUGUCCCUUUCUCCAAAAACAUCGUCUUUGGUGCAUCUGACGUCUGCGAGCUUAUCUCAAUGCUGGCCGAUGCGCCUCUUCCGGAACCGGACAUUGCUGGAAACCAUCAGGAAGCUUCCCCACAUGCAGGAUGCGACGAAAAGGGCAUGGAUGAGGCUACUCGUCCAAGGCGAGAACAGUCUCACUCAACGGAUGUAGCAACCCCAUCGCCAUCCAUGGCUGUAGCGGCACUGUCAGCCUCGUCAUCAACGGUUGUAGCGGUGCGACCGUCACGGGUGCGAGCCAUGCUGGCGUCGAGAGCAUGCAGAAGCUCUGUGAUGAUCGGGACGGCUCUAAGCCAGCCUCAAAUGAACAAGAUCCUCGGCCAGCUGUCCACGUUGCAGUCGCCUUGGAAUUGUCCCCACGGUCGGCCAACUAUGCGCCACCUGUUUGACUUGAGGCUUCUAGAGAAAAACAUGGAAACUUUGGACUUAUUAUAAAGGCAUUCAACAAAAAAUGUAGUGUAUUGUUUAAUGUAUGAAUAAGCUGGUAAAGUGACA